AGCUGGGAGGUUCGGUGACUGAUUUUGACAUAAUCGUCCUUGCGAAGUUCGUACGUGCAUAUGCAUUUCAGCGUAUGGUGAAUGUAACAUUGCAACACAUAUAUUAGAGUAGAUCAACGUUGGUGCGAUCUACAGAAUUGUUAACGCCGCGAACAAACCAGCAUACAUCCACCACCAGCAUGACCAACGAAAACGAUGAUCUCUCCAUCACAAGUUGCGAUCGGUGCCCGCGAAUGGUCGCAUUUGGUAACAUUCUACUUGAUAUCAGCGUAGAGUUGAAGGAUGGGAAAAUUCUGAAUGAUUUCGAUCUGAAACCCGAUGAUCAAAGAGAAGUUCCUGCAGACAAACUUGCUGCCCUUGUCUCCGUUGCCGUAGAAACUUGCGGUAAUCCAAUCUACAACCCUGGUGGCUCAGCACUUAACACAUGUCGUAUACUGCGCGCCCUUGGAGAAAAGAACGUUAUCUUCUGCGGGGCGGUUGGUGUUGACGAGAAUGGCCAAAUAUUACAGCAAAUCUUGAAAGAUUGCGCACUAAAUACCUGUAUACAAACGUUGCCGGAUGAAAUUACUGGAACAUGCAUGUGCCUCAUUAGUGGCGACAAACGGAGUCUGAACGCGAACAUUGGUGCGUCGUUACAUUUCAAGAAGGAAUUUGUAAGUUCUCGAUGGUGCCAGUCAAAGAUCGGUGUUUGCAAAUCAGCCGCUCACACAAAUAUUGACGAGGACAUGCGAAUUUUCUACAUCGAGGGAUAUUUUGUGCCAGAAAAGUUCCACAUCUGCACGUACAUCUACGAACAAUACUGCAAGGGUACGGCAAACCUGCUGGUAACCAAUUUGAAUGCAUCCUACAUACUGCAGGAAUUUACAGCCGAGAUGCGUUUUCUCGUCGAACAUGCCGAUCUUGUGUUUGGAAAUUUGGCAGAAUUUAUUGCGCUGGCCCAGAUUUAUCACUGUGACGACGUGGACGCAUUGGCUCGGUUGCUGAUAAAGCCCUACCGGAAAUACAACCGUAACAAGAUUCUCAUCGCAACCGAUGGUUGCCGAAGUGUCCGAUUGUACUAUGGCGCGGGGUCGAAAUUCAUAGCAGAAAGCUAUCCAGUACCGGUAAUAUCAGCGAACUCCGUUAUCGACACAACCGGGGCCGGAGAUUCAUUUGUGGCAGGAUUUCUAUACAAAUUCAUGAACGAUGAAAGCCCCACGUUAGUGGACUGCAUUCGGUACGGGUGUAAAGUGGCUGGGAAAGUGAUACGGCAAGUGGGAUGUAAUUUACCCUCCAGCGUUCCAUCAUCGCCAUCAAUUGCCCCGUCAACAAAAGAGGGGAUGGUUCCUUGAGAUCGAGGAAUUCUUCGGAUCAAGGCAGAAAAUGUAUCUCUGAAGUUUUAUCAUCCAGGAAGAGCAUGUUCCUUUACUCUUGUUUUGCUAUUUAACAGAUUUGGCUAGGUGCUUACUGCAUUGGUGAUCUUGCUAUUACUGCAUUAGUUUGGUUAAGGGUAAUUGUUACAAAAUGUUGUUAGUCGUCAAUAUUUAUAAAUGCACCUCACGUAU